UCAAGAAAAUGGAUCCGAUUCUGAUAUUACGCAAUUUCUAAGUCUAGGUAAAGAACACCAAGGAGAUGUAGCCAAAGAAAAUAUCCAGCUUCCUAUUUGCACCUUGUCCACCAAACCACAUGAGUUUGUUGACGAGAUAUGCAAAUACAUCAUGUCCAUUAACGAUGCAACCUGUUUGAAAAAAGAAUGGGUGCGAAGCUCCACACCUUAUCCACUAGGAUUAACUCUAAAGCAAAUUCAGGACAUACUCAGGAUGGACAAGCCAAUGGACAAGGAUUGUUUCAACAUGGCUGUGCGCAUAGUGGCAUGUGAUGAGAUACAAUUUUUGAUAGAGCCUCCCGUGCAUAACAUGGACUUAAGAUUUUGUUCGGCGAUACUCGAUGGUAAAAAACAUCCACUUUGGCGUGUUAAGCCAGAUAUUAAGGAGUUGGCAACAUUUUUCAUAGCUGGCCUGGGAUAGACCAUAAUAUAUCAUCAUGCAACAUGGUAAGUUAGGUCUCUUUUCCAUUAUUAACAUGAUUUAUGUGUUUUAAUGCUCACCACUUGCAGAUUUUUUUGCCACACGAAUUUCUUGGCAACUUCAUCUUGUCCACCAUCGACAAACAUGAUUGUCGUGUAUGUAUUUUAGACCCAUGUUCUGAACCUCUAUCAGAAGAGAGGUACCAACUAAAAUUACAAAGGUGUUCAUUCUAUCUAAAUGACACUCUUGAGAUAGCGCAACCUGGCUGGAAUUUCGAUAUUUAUUUCUGGCCACGUAAAUAUCCUCACAAUAUCCCAAUACCAACA